AUGAAUGAUAUUUUCAAUAAGCAAAACCGUUCUACCCAAGGUGAACAUAAUAUAUACAUUGGAUAUUUAUUGCCCACUAUAACUGAAAUAAUGUUAAAAUUUGAAAAACUUGAAAACAGUCACAUGUGUUAUUGCCAGCCUUUAAUAACUUCUCUCCAUGAAGGAGUUAAUAAAAGAUUUGAAGAACAUUUAAAUGAUGAAUUUCUUAUAAUUGCAGUAACAUCACAUCAAUUUUUUAUAACUGCAAUUCCAACAAAGAAACUGGAAACUCUUAAUUUGACUCCUACAUUGAAGAAAGUUUUUAUUAAGUAUAAUACUCCAUUACCCUCUAGUGCUCCAGUUGAGCAUGUGUUUAAUAUUGGUGGAGCUAUUUUAUCAAAAAAAGGGGGAAGAUUGAGUGAUGAACACUUUGAAAAAACCAUGUUACUUAAAUGCAACAAAAUUUUUUGGAAAUGA